UCCUUCUUUUUCUUUCUUUUUUUCUCACUACUUUACUCUCAAAGAAGCUCUGCAUUUGCGAGAAAAAAACACAGCAUAUCAAGUACGCGGGGAUGUUAUAUAAGCGAAACGCAGUGGUGACAACUCGCGGUCACAACAUGCUACAUCGUUCUCAGUUGACCCAAAUCUGAGUCGAUUUCAUAAGCUGGAAACUGGAAACUCAGACAUGAUGAGGACACCCUUCGAAUGAUAGAGGAUUACAAAGCAGGACCUUGUGGCAAUGACUACGACCCAGACCAAUAAACUGCAACUUCUGUGGGACCACUUCAUCGACGCCGAACCACAUAGUCACGAGAAAUCGUCUUGGCUAAACAUUUUUCUUGCGGAACUACUUGCUGAAGUGAAAGAUGGAAAGGAUGCGAAAGAUACCAUUACCUUUUGUACUGCUGGAAUAAGUGGAGUCUCAACUCUUAUUGCCUGCGAGCUACUCUCCGACGUGCACGCAAUCUGCGCCUCUCGAGGAGACGGAAAUGAAUUAGUAGGUCUCCGAAAAUUUCUGGUUCAAGAUAGAGGCUGGAGAUUCCUAGCAGUUCUCAAUUUGCUCGGAAUUCGCGGUCUUUCCUGUGGACGAGAGUUGGUUGCCCUACUUCCGGCUUUAUAUCCGGUUGCCUUUCAGGAAGGUGCCGAGUCAGUUCCGGCUAAUCCCUACGUAAGGUUUCACUGCAACGAUGAGACGGUCGAUACGAUCGACAUCAUCUCGCACGCGAGAAAGAAGAAUGCAAAACCCAAGCCCAGCUCAGAAAAUGCGGCCACCCGACGAAAACGAAUCAGGAAGUACAGCACCAGCAGUGGAAAGCAAAAACCGCAGUCGCAAAAGCAUCUUGCGGUGACGAAAACAACCCAGGAGACGAUCAGCAGCGAAUCAGAUAACCUCUCCGAUGGCAUCGAUCAAGCGAGGUCAUUAACACUGAAAGUUCGUCUCAAUCCGAUGGAUUUUGAAUAUUUCACCUCAGUAGUUCGCAGCGAUGAAGAACGAAAAUGGGAGGGAACUUGUCUCUACGAUCUUUCCCCACUUCGAUCUUCAAGAAAAGAAACUUGCGAAGACUUCAUCGACGAGAGGGUCAAAGGUGUCUUAGAUUCGAAAAUCGGUCCCUUCGAAUCGAGUCUCCUGAUUCUACAACUUCUCCAAGGCCUGCGAGAUUAUGACACACCAACUGAGCAGACUCCAGCGGUUCAAAUACUCAAAUUCGCCCUAGAUGUCUUAUGGAGUCUGCAGUUUGGAAUUGAUGUGGUCAAUUUGUCAAGAACAGAAUGUGCCACAUUGAAGGCGGCGGCAGCUAGGCUCAUGCUGACGGCUUUAGAACGAGUUUUGAAAACUGAUGAGCCGACGAUGGCUGUCAUUCACAAUGGGUUAUUGCCGAUGACUCUGAGGCUUUUGGAAGAUGCUUGUGAAAAGUCGAUCUCGGUUGCAACGCCGGAGGAAGGCUCGUAUUUGCAAGAGUUCAUAUUUGCGACGACUUAUGGAAUAAUCACUUUUUUGUAUUAUCUUCUACACCAGAGAGAGUCAACGGAGAAGCUGAAGGACUUCUCGGAGUUGUUUCAACUGUUUGUGGAGAGCCAAGAUGGAAAGUUGGUGGAGAGAACGGUCGUGACGAUAGUAGCUUUGCCAAGUACUGAUCAGACGAAAUCGGUGAUGAGGGCGAGAAAGCUUAUUGAUAUGAUUGGAGCGCUGAUUUCGGCCUUGAAAAGAGUAAGACAGGAAUUGUAUUCUGCGGAUGAGGGUAGAAAAACGAAGCAGAAGCGGAGGGUCAAUACGCAUCAUCACUUUGUUGAUGUCUUUGGAAUCCCGUUUUGUCAUCAACCUGUAGUCAGCACCAUUACUGAACAGGUCUGUUCCAUUUCCUCCCUGUUCAUGGCUUUAACCGCCCUUCUUUCCGAGGCUCACACAUUCGACAGUGAUCUUCAAAUAAGACUUCUGAAAGUGAUGACAGCAGCCGGAAUUUGUUGCUGUUUUCCACCAAGAAUACUCGUCUACAAUAUCGUAGGUUUUUUAAAAAAGCGAAAUAGCCAAACCUACGCGCCAGCAGUUGCACUUUUAGAAAAAGUGCUUUUUCGGGAACUUGGCGCUUAUCCAGUCUCGACGGAAGACUGCGUUAUGUGCAGUAAACUCAAAGGACAUCGAUGGGAAUUCCUUGAGCUUUAUAGCGACCUUCUAUCACCUGAUGAUUCCAAAUUAUGCACCACUAUGAUGAUACAUUUAUUAAAAGUUACGCCAAAUUCUCGCUUUCCUGCACGGGAGGCUCUCCUUUUUAGGGUAUUUCACUCGACUUUUUUGAGAGCGAAGGACCGCUACGAACACAAUAAUAAUAACACAACAGCCAAGUUCCUCAUACAAGCUUGUCUAUCUAUAAUGGCUAACUUAAUUGUAAAUGCUCCAAUGUUCGAGAGAUUUAUGGAAAUCGAUGGAUUACAGGACGCUCUGAAACUUCUCCCCAAUCCAACUUUCGUAAGAAGCGUCUACUCAUUGCUAGAAAUCGCCGUCAUAAUGGAAAUUUGGAAAAUGCGUUGCGAGGAUUCGCAAAGUUUUGAAGACACAAUGUCGGAAAGACCAGCUCUUUUCGCGUUAAUAGAAGCUCUCGAAAGUCAAAGUAGUAGUCUCGUAACAAUAUUAGAAACCGAUUCGAAAGAGGGGGUACAAGAAGACACGCAAACCGACUCUGAGGAAAUUGAAGGUACUAUUGUUCCCUUGAGUUUAGCAACUGCGAGUGAGCCAAUUGAUUUGACGAAUUACGUCAAUCUUUCAGCGGAUCCACUAUCGGUGGAAAAUACAAAAAUGAUAGAGAAAGAAAGUGGAUAUAGGCAGAUGAAAUUUUAUGAACCUAGUGCUGCUUGGCGAGCUGCUGCUGGUGUUGCUCUAUGCAGCCCGAAUUUUCGAGUGGAACUUUCGAAGAAACCAAUUGCUGAUAACUUGGCGAAAUUGUUUAAAUUACUGGCUGUGUGCAUUGCAGCUGAUAAAAUUAAAGAUACCGGAAAAUCAGUGCAGAGGUUAAUGGAGGCUUUAAUUACGUGCGGCUUAACAUCCCCAUUGUGUGACUGUGACGUGGUGUCGGCGCUCAGAAUGGCGCUGAUGGAUCCCAAGACCAAAUUGGGACGGGGACUUGCGAUGCUGAUCGAGUCCCUCCUACGAGUUUCCGUCCUAAGACCCAGCGAGGAGCAGACCAUUCCACAACCAAUGAGACCCAGGUUACCAACUUUAAAUCUUGAUGCGGCUCCAGAUUGUGCGGGAGGGGGUAGUAGCACUGGAGAUUAUGUAACUGCUGAUGAUGGUUACGAGGCGGAUGUUGAAAAUCCUGGAAAGAAUGCUCAUGAAAAUCAACCCAAGAGGUCUAAUCAAGCGGGACCAGUAAUUGAACCAAGAGGACAUGCGAACGCUCAUCCUGCUUUAUGUUCUCUCGCCGUUGACCUUCUGAUUCACUUCAGCAAACAGGGCUUAGAUGGUGAGAGGGGCGUCAUCGUAACAGGGGGAUUAAGAAGAGUCGCUACCACCUGCAGAGAAAGUGCGUCAAGCUGCGCUGCCAUCGCUGGCUCUGGAGCCAUUACAAGAUUACUUGAUGGGUUCAAGGACAUACUCGUCAGCAGAGAUCCCCAGCAUACAGACCUUCGACACGCAGUUCUGGAAGUCUUCACUCUGCUCGCCACCCAAUCAAUUUCUUCAACAGAACUAGUGUCUUAUCUCUCCCUCUUCAAAGUCCCAGUACCAUGCUUAUCAUCUCUUCUAGACCCUCUCUUCCGUCUCGUACUUUUAACAAAACCCCAACCAAACUUCAUCCUCUCCUUCCCAGUCCCCACAGAAACAACUGUCUCCGCAAAAACCUACAAAGAGGAGAGUAAAAAUAUUGAAAAGGCAGAAAAUCUAGUCAACAACUUUCGCAAACGACACAUGGCAUCCAGGAUUUGUAGCCCCUGGUCCGUUCACGCAAUCUGUCUACCAGUAGGUCCAGAACUUUCAUGGCCAGUCUGGCUGCACGGAGGUUCAGCCUCAUUGUGGUUGAGAGUAGAAAGAGGACUUUCCGUCGGCCACAGAGGAUACAUUCUCAACGCCAGCUCCCUAGCCGACUCAGAAAACGACAGCUUAUCCGACUGGGGCGUUCUCACCGACAAUUGGAGCCGAGAAGUUGUAGAAGAUUCAUCAUACCCGCCAGCACCGAAAUCAAUAGUUCACCUCAUGUCCGUAGGUUUCGAAUCUCUCGUUCUUGAACUCUGGAUCGACCUCAGAUCUGACAAACUAAUUCUAAGACUGACACGACCCGAUGAUAAAAAUAAUCGUACUAUUUCCGAAACAUCAAUAAGCGGUCUUCUCCCAUCUGGACGAUGGCAUCAUCUAGCUUUAAAUUUCAAAGACACAGUCCUCAACAAACACAGCGCUGUCGUCGAAGUUGUUUUAUGGGUCGACGGUUGGAAAGAAGUUAGCGCUCAAUUACCUUUUGAUGGUUUGCUCGUAAGAAAACCCGGAACGACAUGUAUACUUCUGGGACAAGUUGGACCCAGUGGUAUUGGCGCCUGGUAUCUCGGAAAUCUGAUGAUGUUCCGGUGUCCAGUUUUCACUCGAGAAAGGGCUUUGUACCUCGCAAGUCUCGGUCCGAAUCACACGAAUCUCGCAGAAUGUAUUUUACAAAACGACAAACCAAACUUUGCACCGCUCAUUGCCUCUGGUGCACUCAACGGCAUUCGCGAAUUAAAGUUCGAGGGCGGAAAAUUCGACACGAGUCGCAGGAAAUCCUACGGAGGAACGUAUUUUCGACUUGCAGUGGAAACCAAAGUCUGUGAUACGAAAAUUGACUGGGAUGCUGUCAUGGACGCGACAAGUACACAGCUUGGAGAACUUCAGGAUAAUCUUCUUCUUAGCUGCGAAGCUCAAAGUCCGAACAUGUUUCAUUUGUAUCCACAAGCAAUUGCUAAUCCCGGAGCAGUUGUGAGGAAUCUCUUCCCUGGCCAACCAGUUUUUCGAGUUAUAACAGCACCAGAGCAUCGGGUCUCCCAGCAGCCACCACUUUCAAUCCCUCCCAUCGUAUCGGCACAUUUAGAGUUCAAACAAUACAGAGGACUAGUUCCCGCAGCUCGGCAAGUCGGCGGAAUUCCCAUUUUCCUUUAUCUAUUCGCCCGCGUUGUGGAGCUGAACUCAACUGAAGUCGAACAGGCUUUAGCGCUUUCGAUUGUUUUAAAUCUUGCUCGUAGCGAUUCGAUUUUGCUGAAUCAGUAUCGAUCAGAAGGAGCACCUUCGCUUGUUCUCCGGGUUUUGGAAUCACAAAGGUGCCACGCUGGAAGACACAUGUUGAAGGCGAUACUGGACGCAGCAUGUGACAGUUCUGUAUUGAUCAAAGACGUCGGCAAUGGAGUUCACUCAAUUUCACAAGACUGCGAAGCCGUUAUUACGGACCCUGUGCUGAUCAAGUGCGCUUUGGAAGCCUGGAGGACUUGGUCCAGGUUUGAUACUUUGAAUUUACUUCUCCAAUCCUUACUCCUUUUACUGAGAGACCAGCACUCACAGAGGGAAUUUAACGCUUCACAACUAAACAGAAUUGGAUUUGUGGACACGAUUCUCACUCUCUGCAAAGAGUACUUCAUGUAUGAAGAUCUGGAGGCAUUACUAGACCCAACCACAGGCAACGCAAUAGUGGAACUCGUCCGUGCCCUAAUGGGUGCACCGCCCGAAUUCGCACAUCUCGUCGCAAUCACAGAUUAUUUGAUUCUUGUGCAUCAAGCAUCAAAGACAUACGUCACUCAUUCAAAGCACAACAUCUAUUUUCUGCUGCCUCCUUUAGAAGAAGCGACAUCAGUGAUUAAGAGCAGUACGACAAUGUCUGUCAGUUCUUCCGAUGAAUCUAUUGGGACAGUCGAAAGCAGUAAACUAAGCAAAGCCUUGACGAAUAACCAGAUAAAGAAGGGCAGGAUGAAGAGAAAAGAAAGGCAAAAUGGAUCCCGGCAAGAUACGAGUACAGGUGAAGAUUCUGGAAUUGCAGCCAGCGAUGGUUCGAACCCGCAGAAUGAGAAACAGUCAGUCUGGACGGAUGAACGAAGAGCCUGUCAAGGAUUAGUAUGCGAAGGUUUGCUUUUACUGCUGCGAGAUGCUCUCAGAGUUUUGCCAGAUAGUCAAGUCGGUUCUGUUCUCAAACACGUCCUCCGAGUUGAACUUUUGCUCGUCCUGGCGAACAACCCAGAUGCCAGAGUUCGCACAGCGCUGAUCAAAGUUAUCCAAACCUAUUUAGAACGAGCGAGCGACGAGGAAAUAAACAAGUUUAUCAAGCGGAGAUAUUUUAUGCAUCUCGCGAACCAAAUCUCACUUUAUCCUGGAAGCGAACCACUUAUAGUUUCUCUAGCUAGUUUGGCUUCGAGAGGACCAACUCUGGCAGCAAUGCCUCCUUUGCUGGCUAUGAUUUCUAAAGCAGCAGCCACUGAUCCUAAUUUAGCGCGACCCAUGGUCUCCUAUUUGACAGACAUCGUUUCCAAGAACCCGAAUUCCUUAAGGAUGAUUUUAGAACAAGGCUUGAUGGAAUCCCUCGCUCGGGCACUGGUAAACGCCGCACAUAAAGGAAGUUCAGCGACUCUUUUCCGGGACAUCCACGUUUUACUUGUCGCGAUUGCAACGAAACUUUUGGAAUCUCCAGGAUAUCAUCAUAUGCAGGCGAUCGCUGAUUUGCAUUUGAUCUUGAGUCACGUGGAAUUAAGAGAAAGGGCGAAUUGCGGAACAGACAAGUCUUGUGUUUUGGUGACAAGAGAUGCUCAAGUUGCUCUUUUCGAUGGAGAACUGGAUGCGCUUACUUCUAAAGUUUCAAGCCAUUCUGGUUUUAGACUCAGGAGCACCGCAUCUUAUUUAGCAUCGGCCUCUUAUUUAACUUCGGUGCUCACAACAUCAAGUGAGCAAAGUGAUCAAGGUUCGCGAUCCUCUAGUUAUGGGAGUCUGCACGGAAGCUUGAACACGAUAUCAAGAGAACCAGGAAAAGGGGAACUCAAUGAACGAUUCCGAACGGUUUUGAAUAAGGCUGUGGAGUUUAUUACAACUGCGGAUGAGCCACCUUCUGCAAAUGAAUUACAACUAACGAGACGAUUAUUUUCAAUACUAUUGCAUGGACUAUCCGGACCUUUGGAGAGGAGGAGCUACUGGGGAGCUGUAUGGUCAUCAAGGCCAGCCUUGAGAAAAAACACAGCAAAGAUUAUGGUAUGGUUAUUGGCACCACAUCAGAACAUGGGUACAAGAGUUUAUGCAGUCAGGUCCCUUAUGGAAGAACCAAAAGUCCGAGAAAUUCUUACAUCACUUUUGGAUGUUCACCCCCAGGUUGAGCAAAAGUUUACAGUGUUCUUGUGGGAUUUAUUGUGUCGCAGAGACGAGAUGCCGAGCGCGGAUGCUAGGGUCUGCGCUGAGCUCCGAGAGGCUCUCAACGUUUGGAGUCUGGCAAAAGGCUUGGAAGAAGGAAAAGCAGCUCUCUGGUCCGAGGAACUAGAUCUCCUGCGCGGAGAAUUGGCAAAGGAUCGGAAUAUUUGGUUAGAGAGCCACUUUCCCGCGGUCAAGAGAAUUGGCGGGAAGUUCGACACGAUUGCGAAGCAGCUUAUGGAAAGCGCGAUGGCGAUAACCAGAACAGUUGUAGAAGAACAAAACCGUGAGAGAAAAGUCUUGAUGGAGAAGCUGAAAUACUCUAAAGCGAUGGAGGCCCAGGCGAUGGCUAGAUGGAAGGAAUUGACAAAACGUCUGACUCAUGAGCGAGCACCUUGGCAUUUUCCAGAGAGCUAUCCUAAUAGUUGGGAGCUCGACCCAACUGAAGGUCCCGCUAGGGUCCGGAUAAGACUUCAAAGAUGUCAUUUAAACAUCGACAAGAGGUUCUUUAUGUCUCAUCAUCAAGAAAAACUAGACUCGGCAAGGAUAGAGGCACCCUUGUCUUAUUUAUUCGCCACUGAUCGUCAGGACGCGAAUGCAACUGCUUUGAUCGAAAGGCUCCACACGAGUGAAAGAAUCCAGAAAAUGUCUCAGGCGAGUGUUGUCACGCCUCGAGCUGAAUUGGCAGGUGAAGCUCUCAUCGGCGAGUCCUGUUUCUAUUUCAUUCCCGAUAAUCCUGACAUGCCUUUACAAACAGACAUCGCUUUAGGAGGUCUUGAUCUUGCGAUGGCUGGAGGCACAGCCUGGAGACUCGAAGACAUCAGGGAAAUUCACCGGAGAAGAUAUCAGUUGCAGGAAAGAGCAAUUGAAAUUUUCCUUGUCUCAGGUAGAACCUAUCUUCUAGCCUUCAAUUCUUCAAAGGAAAGGGAUGAGUUUGCGGUGGAAUUAUCUGCUUGCAAUCUUCCAAGUCGGGUUCCUGGCGACGAUUUGGGAGAAGCCCUGUCUCUCUGGCGCAAUGGGGCUUUGACGAAUUGGGAGUACAUUAUGUGUCUGAACAAACUAGCGGGACGCUCUUAUAAUGACUUGAUGCAGUAUCCAGUAUUCCCAUUCGUCUUGUCAGAGUACACGAGCGAUAAAAUCGACCUGUCGAAUCCGAAGAUCUACAGAAACUUUAAGAGGCCAAUGGCCGUGCAGGAUAAGAAAAACGAGCAGCAUUAUGUCAACAAUUACAACUAUCUCAAGCAAGCUUUGAACGAAGGAUUGAACCUCAUUGCCUUAAAUCAAGAACCUUUUCAUUACGGUUCUCAUUACAGCAACUCUGGGACGGUUUUACAUUUUCUGGUGAGGCUUCCUCCCUUUACAAGUAUGUUCCUCUCAUACCAGGAUGACAACUUUGAUAUUCCGGAUCGAACAUUCCAUGCCUUGGCUACUACUUGGAGACUGACGAGUUGCGACUCGACGACUGAUGUUAAGGAAUUAAUUCCAGAGUUCUUUUACCUGCCAGAGUUUCUUCUCAACGCGGAAGGUUUUAACUUUGGUGUGAGACAGAAUGGGAAUAGAGUUGGGGAUGUUAAAUUACCAGCCUGGAGUGGAGGCGACGCUCGGUUGUUUAUUUUAGCUCACAGGGCAGCUUUGGAAUCGGAUCUUGUGAGGGAAGUUCUGCCGUUUUGGAUAGACUUGGUCUUCGGGUUCAGACAGACUGGUAAACCUGCAGUGGAGGCGAUUAAUGUUUUUCAUCCUGCUACCUAUUAUGGAUUUAAUGUGGAACAAAUUGCUGAUCCUCUGGAACGACAGGCUUGGGAAACGAUGGUUCGGACUUACGGACAAACUCCUGCUCAGUUAUUUAGAGCUGCUCAUCCCUUACCGAUCCAAAAUCCGGCAAUUUUCAUGCAAACGAAUAAUCUUCCGAUGGUUAUUGACGGAAUGGAUGGAAUUAAAUGGGGGAAUUAUGUGGGCGCACCUGGUAAUGAACCCGUACUCUGUUGGAAACACAAACAUAGAGCACCUCUGGCUUAUUUGGUACCGUUGUCAACGGGUGAUGUCUUUGGAAUACCGAGUGGCACGACCCUUUUAUUGGGAUACAGCAGAGAGAAAGGUGCGAGUAUGCUGAGCAACAUGUCAUUACUGGGAGCGGCUUUAGCAUCCUGGAGUGGCAAUGACGGCAUUGCGAGGCUCAAAUCGAAGAAGGAACAACCGCCGAGACCUUUGAUCAGGUCUUCUGGACUCGAUCCUAUCACAGUAAUGAGCUCAGCGCCAGAUUCUGGUCAACUUUGGGCUGGCCAUUCAUCGGGUAGCAUCUCAGUUUACGCCUACGGAAUAAAUCCCACCGGAAAAAUUGAAUUUAGACUUGCUGCAGAGACUAUUUUAUUGGCACAUCGAAGUUCAGUCACAGUAAUAUCUCUCAGUCGGGCUUUUAGCAUCGGUGUAUCAGGCGAUGCAGAAGGAGUUAUCGCUAUCUGGGACUUAAACUGCUUGACGUACGUUCGAUCAAUUGUAUGUGAUGCGGGACAUCCAAUCACUAUGAUUUCAAUCAGCGAAACAUUGGGAGAUAUUGCAGCUGUUUUCGAUGUAACAAAAAAUUCAGAACGGAAUUCUUAUAAUAAAUCGGAAUUGAGAGUCUACACAAUCAAUGCUCGACCUGUUGGAUCUGUGACAUCUCGAAGAAAAAUUACUGCAUUAUCUUAUAGUAAUGCACCAGAAGGUGUUUCUGUAAAUGUCAUUAUUACGGGAUUAGAUAACGGAGUGCUUAGAUUUUGGAGUAGUUGGGAUUUAAGACUCGUUCGAGAAAUGGGCAACGACACAGCAGAUUGCGGAGCCAUAAUUGCAAUCACAUGGUCGUUCGACCAGCAUCAUUUGUAUGUCGCAACGGACAAUUCAACCGUUUUAAUCUGGGAAGGAACAAGGCGUUUGAACAACGGAACUCCAAAAUUCGUGAACCUUUCUUCGCUCUGAAUGAAGUGAUAUUGUACAUAAUAAUGAUAUUUAUACUCUGAAUGAUACGUCUGAAGUAAUGUAAAAUACUAUUUUCGUACGUAUGACCUGUUAUUAGUCUUCAUGGUACGUACGAUCGUAACUCGAUUAUAUUGAUAUUAUUCGCCGGUCGAUACAAUUUUCGACACUUUCGACAAGUUAUCAUUGAGCUAUAAAGCGUUUUUUUUUUCAAACCCAUUUACUAGAUUUAAGAGUUAGAAUUGUUCAAAUGCCAAAAUGUCAUAAUUGAUAAAUCAGUGAUCCUAAUUAUAAUUAGAGGCAUUGUCGUGUAACACAGUAGUCUUAAGAUGUUAGUAGCUAUGUAUAAUAUCGAAUUGAGCCUACUGUACAAAAGUUAAAAAAGGACUGAAGUAUUAUUUUAUAGUUUAUAAUAUCAUAAUUAUUUUUAUUGACUGCACGUAUAUUUUUUUCUAUA